GUCACUGAAUAGAGUCUAGAGACGAUACAAGAAGCAGAGCAGAAAAACUUGAUCCGAAUGGGAGCCACAGAGAGAUUUUUUGCCACAGAGAGAUUGAGAUUUGAGAGCUUCUUUCUUUCUUCUCUCUAAGCAAUUGGAUCCCAAGAUAUUCGAGAUCCACACACAUGUUUCCUUCUUUAGCAUCUUCCACUCCCCUCUUUAUUCUCUCCUCACCAGCUUCGCCUCCAACUUCCAUUGCUCACUUCCUUCCUCCUCCUCCCGUCUCGUGUCCUUCGUCUCUGUCUCGACGUCGUGUCAGUCCCGGACCAAACCCUCACCCUCUCCUCUCCCUUCCGUCCCAUUCCACAACCUUCCCCAGACACCUCCUUCGAUGCUUCUCCAUGCCCGUGUGUGAGUCCACUUCUACGACUACCCAGCUGCGGGACAGUUUGUUGUACUCGAGAGCAUACUGGGUAAGUGAGUCUACAAUUGCGUGGAAUGUGGAUGUUGGAGAUGAUUCCUGCUACUUAUUCACCAGUAAAUCUGCUACUUUAUCAUUUACAGAUGAUAAAGUUAGAGGUGAGGACUUCAAAAUUAAGCUCGAAGAGGACAGUGAGGGUCUUCCAGAAAAUGUGACCGAAAAGUUUCCUCAUAUCCAAGAUUACCUGGCAUUUAAAAUGCCUCCUGGUUUGGAUACCAAAACUCUACUCAAAUGCCAGUUAGCAGUUGCUGCUCUUAAUUCUGAUGGGAAAUGCACAAAUGCUACUGGUUUGCAGUUACCUGGUGUCCUUGAUGAAUUAUUCUCAUAUAAUGGUCCUCUUGGUGCGCUUUUCUUUGAAGAAUCUGUGUUGCUUUACCUCUGGGCUCCUACUGCUCAAGCAGUACGUGCUUGCAUUUAUAGGGAUCCAUCAGGUGGGGACCCCCUGGAAAUUGUCCAGCUUGAGGAGGUUAACGGUGUUUGGAGUACUGAAGGACCAAAAAGAUGGGAAGGCUGUUACUAUGUCUAUGAAGUGUCUGUAUACCAUCCUAGCACCUUGCGAGUUGAAAAAUGCCAUGCAAAUGAUCCAUAUGCUAGAGGGCUCUCUGCAGAUGGCAAGCGGACAUUUUUGGUGAACUUUGAUUCUGAUAUAUUAAAACCUGAAGGAUGGGAUAAUUUGGCAAAUGAGAAACCCGAAAUACUUCAUUUCUCAGACAUAAGUAUAUAUGAAUUGCAUAUAAGGGAUUUCAGUGCCAAUGACCAUACUGUGCCUCCUGAAUUUCGUGGUUGUUAUCUGGCUUUCACUUUGCAGGAUUCAUCAGGUGUGCUUCAUCUGAAGAAACUAUCAGAUGCUGGUAUCACUCAUGUCCAUCUGCUUCCAACCUUCCAAUUUGCUGGUGUUGACGAUGAGAAGGAGAACUGGAAGUGCGUGGAUACCAAGAUGCUGGAGCAAUUACCUCCUGAUUCAGAUGAGCAACAAGCUCUAAUUACAGCAAUCCAAAAUGAUGAUGGAUAUAACUGGGGGUACAAUCCUGUUCUCUGGGGUGUCCCUAAAGGAGGUUAUGCAAGUAACCCAAAUGGUCCUUGCCGUAUAAUUGAGUUUAGAAAGAUGAUUCAGGCACUUAACCGUAUUGGCCUUCGUGUUGUAUUGGAUGUCGUCUACAAUCAUUUGCAAGGAAGCGGGCCAUUUGAUGAGAAUUCUGUCCUUGAUAAGAUUGUUCCAGGUUACUAUCUGAGACGGAACACAGAUGGUUUUAUUGAGCAUAGUACAUGCAUGAACAACACCGCCAGUGAGCAUGUUAUGGUUGAGCGACUGAUUCUCGAUGAUCUUCUUCACUGGGCAAUUCAUCAUAAGGUUGAUGGGUUCCGGUUUGAUCUAAUGGGUCAUAUAAUGAAAAGUACAAUGGUGAAAGCAAAGGAUGCACUCCACAGCCUAACAAUGGAAAGGGAUGGGAUUGAUGGUUCAAGUAUCUAUAUAUAUGGUGAAGGAUGGGACUUUGGUGAAGUUGCCAAGAAUGGACGUGGGGUGAACGCAUCACAGUUUAAUCUUGGUGGAACAGGAAUCGGGAGCUUUAAUGAUCGUAUUCGGGAUGCAAUUCUUGGUGGAUCUCCAUUUGGCCAUCCUCUUCAGCAAGGAUUUGUGACCGGUCUAUUGUUGCAGCCUAAUGGACAUGAUCAUGGUACAGAAGCUGUUUCAGGAUGCAUGCUUGCUGUGGCGAAGGAUCACAUCCAGGUUGGUAUGGCUGCAAACUUGAGGGAUUUUGUGAUAACUUCUUAUCAAGGGGAAGAGGUAAAAGGAUCAGAAGUAUUAACUCAUGAUGGGACACCUGUUGCAUAUGCUUUAUGUUCCACAGAAACUGUUAAUUAUGUUUCUGCUCAUGACAAUGAGACCCUAUUUGACAUAGUGAGUUUGAAGACACCAAAGGAAAUUUCUGUAGAUGAGAGGUGCAGGAUAAAUCAUUUGGCAACAGGUGUAAUAGCACUGUCACAGGGAAUACCUUUUUUCCACUCUGGUGAUGAGAUUCUUCGCUCAAAAUCUCUUGAUCGUGAUUCGUACAACUCUGGUGAUUGGUUCAACAGGCUUGACUUUACUUACAAUUCUAACAAUUGGGGCGUUGGCCUUCCUCCAAAAGAGAAGAAUGAAAAGAACUGGCCACUAAUUCAACCUAGAUUAGCAGAUCCAUCCUUCAAGCCUCAGCGGGGUCACAUUCUUGCUGCUGUGGACAACUUUUUAAACCUGUUGCGCAUAAGAUACUCUUCACCACUUUUCCGGUUGAGGACAGCAAAUGCUAUCCAGGAAAGGGUUCAUUUCCACAACACUGGACCAUCGGGGGCCCCUGGUGUGAUAGUCAUGAGCAUUCAAGAUGGUCAUGAAGGCGUCCCAGGGUUAUCUCAACUGGAUCCCACGUACUCAUACAUUGUGGUUAUCAUCAAUGCAUGUCCUACUAAGGUGUCAUUUGCUUGCCCCGCGCUGCAGGCAAGAACUCUUAAAUUGCAUCCAGUUCAGGCAAUGUCGACUGAUGAACUAGUCAAGAGUUCAACAUAUGAAGCAUCUUCUGGGUGCUUAGCUGUGCCAAGGACAACAGUUGUUUUGUUGAGCCUCGUGAGGUUUGAGUAGCUCUGAUGUCAGAUGAAUGUGGCCGUUGACUCUGCAUUUCAUUUGUUAAAAGGUACAAAAUUAAAAUUCUC